AUGGGAAUGCUGAAGGAUGUUGGGGACGGGUUGGGGGGUGGGGGGUGGGGCGUGCGUGCGGGCCGGCCCUCUGCAGACCGCCGCUUCGUUGCAGGAAACUACUCGCGGUUGGCGUGCGAGAUCCAGUUCGUACGGUCCAUGGGCUACUACCUCAUCCAGAUCUACAUCCCGUCGGGACUCAUCGUCAUCAUCUCGUGGGUGAGCUUCUGGCUCAACCGCAACGCGACGCCCGCGCGAGUGGCGCUCGGCGUCACCACUGUGCUCACCAUGACGACGCUCAUGUCGUCUACGAACGCGGCGCUGCCCAAAAUCUCCUACGUCAAGUCCAUCGACGUGUACCUGGGCACCUGCUUCGUCAUGGUGUUUGCGUCGCUGCUUGGCAAGUAUUCUUUUCGCUCGCCAGCUGCUCCCUCAUACUUUCUUCCAUAA